GCUGACGCACCGAGGCGACAGGUUAUCUCAAGGCUCGUUCUCGCUCGCGGUGGCCAUUCAAAGUUUAUCCCCUUCGGCAGGACUAUAACGUUCGGCACCUGCGAGGAGUGCGAAAGAUAUUGCUAUACAUUGGCGUUGUGUGGAAAACGGUCACUGUCCACAAGUUGGCCACGGAUAUGUUUCAAAGGAAUCACUCACUUUGAGGGAUCCAAAGUUCAAGUGUCCAGGGUCAUGAAAGUGAAUCCACAGCAAGCUCCAUUAUAUGGUAAAUGUGUGUUGACGGUGGUGUUGAGUGAUGCUGAGCGGGCCCAGGUGCGUCAGGUGUGUCCGGAGGAUGGAGAGGGGGCGGGGCUGGAUGGAGAGGGGGCGGAGCUGUAUCUGCUCUUCUCCGGCAGCACGCAGAGGCACCUGUGCUCCACACGACGCACACACGAUGACCAUGGCACCCUGCAGGCCAUAUGCCCAGCCCAUGACUGCUGUGAGCUAGUGCAGGUCACGCUGUGCGUGGCCAGAUCGCCUCUAGGUGGCGCCUCUAGGACAAACAAUGACCAGCCCGGCGAGGUCGAUCCUGAUCUUGAGGCCACACCCACUUCCACACUUGUCCCCACGCCGGUACCAGUGCAGCAAAACCCAGGCCAGGUGGAGUACUUCGGCACCGCAUUCACACCGGUACCUGUGGAACGGCUGUCCCAGGUGUGCUUCGGCUUCGUGCAGGACCUGGCGUUCGACAUGGCCCAGUACCUGGUGAGCUGUGUGGGGCGCGCCGACCCCGAGGGCCUGGAGGGGGCGCUGAUGCUGGACGAGUGCUCCAUCCCCCAGCAGGAGUGCGAGAGGCUGGACUGCAACCUGGCGCUGGCUCUCAAACACCUGCACCUGCCCAGGGGGUGGAGCCUAUUGGGGACACACCUGGGCACGGAGGAGACAGACCCCGAGCCUCAUGAGACUCUGCUGCACUUUGCUUGUCGGCGGGGCCUGGUGCGCGUGGCCUCUUUCCUCCUUCGCCAGCGGGGGGCGCUAGAGGCACUGCGGCUGCCCAACAGACAAGGCCUCACCCCGCACACACUCGCACACAGACACCCCCCUGUCUUGGAGCUGUUGGACAGGGAGGAGGGAGUGACUUUGGAGAGGGAGCCCGAUGACGAUGCCGAGGCCACAGUGUUCCGUUGUCGUUUGUCGUGCGGCGGUUCCGGAGUUCUAGAGAGCCACUCUUCGCUCGGCACCUACACACUCACCGUGGAGCUCCGCCCCCUAACGCACACACCCACGCGGACGUCGCCGCUGCCGCCGGACACACCAACGCUGACCCAGGACACACAAACACACUCGCUGGGUACCGGGCUGCAACAGGACACACAGGAGCUUUGGAGCCUCGUUCAGAAACACACACACCACAACGAGAAGGCUGGGGAGGCCCUCGCUACGUCACCGGAGCAACCCGACUCCAACUCCGGUGAAGGCUCCCCGACACACCAGCACAGCAGCCGCGGAGAAAACACACACGCGCGCGAGACACACACCAGUGGGGAACCAACACACACUCGCGAUCAGAAGAUCCGUGGCCCUGCUCAACCACCAUCGACGACAGAUCCCGACUCCCCACGCGUAGUGGAACGUUCCCCAACCCUCCCAGAACUACCAUCACCACCAUCACCACCACCCCACCCUUCGCACCUCCCUGUCCCCGUCGUCCCCGUCCCCCUGCCACCCCUCCCUCUCCUCCUCUCCCUCCUGGCCGGGGAGGCGCGGCCCUCGCAGCCUGCUCCUAUCUCCAGCCCCGGCAAUCAGCAGGAUGGAGGGAAGCGAUCGGCAGCAGAGGAGCACGGGGAGGAGGAGGAGGAGUGUGUUUGUGGAAACCCGGGGAGUGAUAGCAGUGUCACGCCAUCGCAGCAGCAGCAGCACACAGCCACAACAGCCACAACAGCCACAGCAGGAGAAACGAGAGCAGUAGGAGAGGAGCAGAGGGUGAGUGGCGGAGAAGAAGCGGUUUCUCCCUGGCAGAGGGGUGGCAGUGAACAAGAGGAGGAGACUACCUCCAGCAGUAGUAGUACAGCCCAGGACUUAAUCAGCAGUGCACAGGGGGCCUCCGAGAGGGAGGUAAGCCCGCAGGAAGAGGGAGAGCAGAAGGAGGAGGAAGAGAAGGAGGAGGAGGUGGAGGAGGAGGAGGUGGAACCCCUUCCAGACCAAAAACAUCCAUCUGGCCUUGGCGGAGUUGCCGACGCAGCAGAAGCGAGAGGAACAGCAGAGCCGAGUCCCGACACACCACAAGAGCAGAGUCCUGUAACGGAGGAACAGAGCGUUGCAACAGCUACAACAGCUACUAUAGCGGAGGAGGAGCGGGGCGCCGACACAGCUGAAGCAGAGCGAGCGGCACCGGCAGCCGAAGCCGAAGCCUGCACAGAGUCAGCCGCAAGAACCACAGGACAGAACGCAGACGCGAACGCAACCGCAACCGCAACUCAAAUAGAACCCACAGCCAUCGAAAAAGGAAACACCACAACAACUGAAUCAGAAUCCUCUGCAAUUGAAGUAGAAUCGGCCAAAACUGCCAAAACAGAGUCCGCCAGAACCCAGUUAGAAUGCUCGGCGAGUGAGUUCUCUUCAGCAGGAACUGAAGGAGAACCCGCAGGAGGCAGCGCUAGAACUGCCGAGGCUGUGAGCACAGUCACCGAGGCAGACAUGGGCCUCACACAGUCUCAGACUGAGCAGGAGAGCUCCGACUUGGAGUCCAGGCACACAGAGGAGGGUAAUGAGAAAGAGGAGAAAGAGGAAGAAGAGGAGGAGGAGGAGGAGGAGGAGGAGGACAGAGAUGACAGCGAGUAUUUAGACGCCAGCUCCACCUCGAUGGAAGGGGAGUACCUGUUAUUCGAGGAGUGUGGUGACAGCGUAGUCGACUCUCCCAGCAGGGACAUUGGAGGUAAACACCCAGGUUCUAUACAGGAGGGCGAGGAAGUGACGAGCACAGAGAAGUCUGAAAGCAGCUUCCAGGACUGCAUUGAAGGAGUGACUAGUGCUGCAGACUGUGUAGGACCUGCCCAGGCUGAAGAGGGCAGUAUUGAGCUAGAGACUCGAGCGACGAGCGGCUUCAGCGCUCCUCAGGAAGCAUCUGGACACCAGGCCACAGACGAUGGGCUUUCCCACAUCGCGAGCGGCAACGACGAUGACAUCACUGCCCGUGUGUCGUGCGACUCAGGAAGCGAGGAUCUUCCCCCCGCGCUGACAACGACCACCACCAUCGCAGUCGAACAGGAAGUGACCUCACUGGGUGGGGUGACAUUGGCGGGUGACUGUGGCUGUGACACACACCUGCCUGACAUCACCGAGGAUGAACUCACACAAGAUGACCUCGCUGCACCACUCCCAGAAUGCCGAGCGACAGGGGCGACAGCUCUAGCUGAGGAGUGUGACAGGGGCACAAGUGAGGGACAGCACGUGCCCUCCUCCUCACAGGACGUGGUGGUGGGAAGGGAAAUGGAUAACCAAGAACAGGAACAGGAAACGGAGUGUCGGCCAUCUUGCUGCCAUAUCUCCCCUGACGAGGUGACAGUGGAGGUGGAGGUGGAGGUGGAGGUGGAGGUGGAGGUGGAGCAGGAUCAUCAUCAGGAGGUCCACAGUGACGUCUGGCCAUCACACUCAGUGGAAGCCCAGCACGCAUCCAGCAACGCCACCCAGGAGGAGGUGGUGGAAAAAACGGUGGAAGAGGAGGAGAGACAUGAGGAGGUGAAGGAGGAGGUGGAAGAGGGAAGGGGGGUGCGUGAGGAGGAGGAGAAGGAGGACGUUUGUCCGCCACACGGUGAGGAGUCUCGUCGGCCGGCGUCCUGUGACGACGACACCCUUGUGGUGGUGGAGGAAGUGGAGGCUGGAGACGCAGGGCCACCAGGAGGCGUACGGCGACGUGUCUCGGCCGGCGUCCAGCGACGACAGGCUGGAGACGCAGGGUCACCACCAGGAGGCGUACGGCGACGCCUGCCCGUCCCACAGCAGCGAGGACUCUCGGCCGGCGUCCAGCGACGACACCCUGGAGGCUUACAGCGAGGACUCUCGGCCGGCGUCCAGCGACGACACCUUGGAGGCUCUGGAUGA